AUGUGUUUCCUUCAUGGUGUUCUUGAGACUGUGAAAGGUGAUGAGAGUGUUACAACUUAUGAUGUUCAAGAUAAAAUCAAGAAUCUUCCUUCUAAAAUCGGUGAGUUGAUGCAUAAUGGUUCUCAUAAUUUUCAGACAGCCAUCGCAGAAGUCUCCGCGGCGCUGCGGGCGUGGAGCGGGGAGCUCGAGAGGAGGACUGGAGAAGUUAGAGAGACUUUUAAAACACUUAACACAACUAGAAUUACUAAUUUUGAUAGUUCAUUUAGCGCACUUGUAAAUUGUGAGUCUCGUGACGUUGCCACCAAAUUGGAGGCAUGCUUCACUGAGGCUGAUAGGCUUCAGAAGGCCUUUAGCGACGCCUUUAAGGCGUAUAAUAGAUUAGACCCUAAGCUUCGAAAGAAGCUUAAUUAUAAUGUACGCACAGUAGAAAUGCAUGUUGAGAGGUUUGUGAGUGCUGCUAGUAACACAGAAUUGAAAGUCGUAGUCGAUACGGCUAGGGUGGAGUUGGAGAUACUGCAAAACACAGUUAGCACGGAGAUUGGUGGGCGCAUUAGAAAGCUGCAGACCACAUUGGAAGAUGAAUUUAAGAAGAAAAUUCAGGGUCCGAUUACCAAGGUAAAGGAGAAUUUAACUCAAGUUGACAACGACCUGAAGCAAUGGAUCCAAAAGGCUGCAGAAAUUGUAACAGCGGUAAAGGACAGGGCCGAUGAAAUUUAUAAGGAAAUUGAUGGGAAGAAUGAUACCAGUGUGACUAUUCAUCCUAAGAUUGGAGAAAUCGAGAAGGCUAAAAAUCUAAUUUACAAUAAAAAAGAAGACCUUGGCAGCGAAGUUGUAAAUCUAGAGAAAUGGAAAGAGGAUGCUGCCAAAGCUGUGGAUGAGGCGGAAAAUAAGUGUUGUCAGAUACUUGGGAAGGUGCAGGAUGGACGCAAUAAGAAUAAGGGUAAGACGGAAGUGAAGAAGAGUGGUGAAGCAUUGAAGGAGAAAGCUACAAAGCUGUUAGAUGCCCUCCAGAACGCUCAUAAGAGUAUCACUGAAUUACAGAGUCAAGCUAUGGCUGCCGUUAACAAGUUGGAUAAGGAAGUGAGAGAGGGCUUGGGGAAAGCGAAGAGAGAAAUAAUCAAGAAAAUUAAGGUGUAUGUUGACACACUGGGUAAAAUUAGAACGGAUAACAGCAAAAGUAAACUUCAAGUUGAUGGUCAAGAUAUUGAAGCAGUUUUAGGGAGCGGCAGCAGUUUGAGAAAAUUGCUCGAUGAGGCCGUAAAAAAUAAUCUUGAUUCUGAGUCUGGAAAAAUUAAUGCCGAAGCUAUGAAAGACACCUUCGCUGCUUUACAGGAAACAUACAAAGGCAAAACGGGCUAUGAACGUAAUCUCAUCGUGGCCAUUAAGAAAGAUAUUGUCGAUAAAAUCGACGAGGAAUUGCCGUACGAAAACGUGUAUUCGGAAGUUGUACAGCCUUCCAAGGCUAAGUCACAUUUUCCGAAUUAUAAGGAAAGCAAAAGUCAACUUGACACCGUGAUCCCCAGGUUCCUCAGUGAGGGGCUGCUAGGGGCUUUUACAAAUGGUGGUUUAGUCACAGAUCCGAGCGAAGUCCGUUCGGAAAAGGAAGCAGUUUCUGGUUAUCUUGCAGAAAUUACUAAAGAGCUUAUGGAGCUUACUAAAUUGGUUGAUGGCAACUCAUUCUUGGGAAAGGACGAUGAAAAGGGUGUCAAAAUUCUUGUGGGCAAGCUUAAGAAAAUGCUUGCAAAUGGUGAUGCAAAAACAUGGGAUGUAUAUUCCAACGGCCUUGGCAAAAUCUUUAAGAGACUUAAAGACAUUGAUAAUGAGAUUCCUUCCCAAACUAAUGCUAUAGGCCAAGCCUUAGAAGCAAUUAAGAGCAAGCUAGGCGAUCUCACCGAUGUUUUGCAGAAGUCAUCACCCGGGGCAGACGUCAUCAACACACUAGGCGAUCUACUAGAGACGGGUAUUAACGGUCAGAGUGAAGCAACGUGGCAAGUUACUACCAAGGGUCUCCAAAACAUCCAAAAACGUCUUACCGGUAUCAUUGGUACUCAAGUCAAGGAGAUUGGUGACACAGUGCCCCAAACACUGGAACAAAUAAUUGCCGCUGCCACUAAAUUCUACGGCAAAAUCGAAUCAGAAGCUUAUAGUGCCACGAAUGCCAUUCUAAGCACCCUCUCUCAGCAGGUCACAUACGCAACGCUUACCGUCCAAAAUAAGGCAAAAGACGAGUACUACACGAAAAUUCAACCUAUGUUCGAAGCAAUGCAAAAAUCUGUCGCGACAGAAAUCAACAUUAUUAAUGAGGGUAUUACCAUGGACAUUGCCACCGGAACUAAAGGUCUACUGAGAAUCAUGAUGGAUCAUGCCAAUGAAGGGAACGAUAACAACGCACUUACAAAAAUUGAGACUUUCACACCUCUGAUAAAUAACAAGUUCACAACGCUGUCGUCCAAUAUGCGUCAUUAUUUGCAAACAAUUCUGAAGUACGUGGAAGAAGAAGUGAAAACGCCGUACAGUCCGCCGCUUCAACCCGCUGAAAAUGACAUUUCUAUUAAAGUCUAUGACGUAAAACAUUGCGUUGAUAAAUUACUCUCCCACCUAAACAAAACAGAUGAUCGUAUGUAUAACUUCGAUCAUGAUUUUGCAAAAUUACGCGAUUCGCUUAGGCAGCAACUCAGCACUUUCAGCCCUUCACGGUACAAUGGCAUUCAUAACCCCGCGUUGCUUGACGCCCUUCAUGCUGGUUUAACUGGGUUAUGCGGUCAACUGGACAAAGCGUACGUAAACAGAUAUAGUGGGCAUCCUGAUGCAAUUGACUUCAGUAACUUGGUCAAACAAAGCUCUGAUUCCAGUAAUGAAAAUGAGCUAAAGGAUGAGUUGACGCCGGACGGUGAAAAAUUAUCCAAGGUCUGUCUCACUUUGCUGACAAUCUUACAGCGUGACAUGAGAAACCUCAGUAAUGAAUGUAACGGUAAAUGUGCUGGCCGCACAAUCUACAAUACCGUCAAAAAGGAGAAUCCCCUUGGGCAACUCUUCCAGUCAUACGGCUAUACGGUACCAUCCGGCCAAGGAGCACAGGACGGUGAGUUGCAUCGUUCCACCAAAAAGGUGGGUAGGCUUAUUAUUGGUAAGCUGAGUGAAACGAUUACUAACGUCCAAAACAAUGGGCAUUUUAUGAAAUGUAAACCGAACGGAAAAGACAAACACAUUAAUGUUAUUGACGUGAUUAAAUGCCUUUUCAAACACCUAAAGCAAUAUUACGGUGUAUGCCAUCUGCAUAUUAAAGAGUCACCCAAGCCGCCAUGUAAUAUACACCAAAUGCUGUGCUGGUUCACAGGGCUUCCACAUAAUCCGAUAUAUGACAAACUCAAAGGUUACAUUACAAAGUUAUUUGAAGCUCCAGAUAAGACAGACCCGUCACGUCGAACUGUCCAGCCAAUUUACGCACAUCCAACGUUGUUUACCGAUCAUGAUGUUACGUCGACUCUUUACUUGGUCACAUCCCACUGCCAAUCCGUUCUCACUGCCAUCCUCGGCCACGGAGACUCCCAAACCACGUAUGGAUGUGACUUCCCCAGUAAUGCGCUUCAAUUGCAGUAUCCAUCGAAUCCUGCCGCAUGUUUUGAUCUGCUCUGCGAUAUGAUUCGUAGAUUGUUCUCAUCGCUCACAUUUCUGUGUAAGCUUUGUAGCGUGAAUGCUAUGCAUCACGGCUGGGCUGAGUGCCAGUAUGGCAAGGAUAUAUCCACAACCAAAUUCCCAUGUAAUGAUCACUCAACGACCAAACCAAAUUGCCAAGCAAACACCGAAGCAAAUGACCAAGCAACGUGCCAACCUAGAUCACCAUUAAUGAGUUACUUAAAUGACUGCCUACCCGGCCAUUUGCCUCAUAGGCUAGAAUCAGUCGGAUGCAAGUCUGAAUGUAAAACAUGUCCUUUCACUACACCCGGCAUGCCUUGUUUAACACCACUCGGAUUCAGAGGUUUCUCUGGAAGUACGCGCCUGGGCAAAGAGCUGGGCAAUGUGCUGAGCAAAAUGUUCGACGAGUCCCAUAUUUCAUGCCUGCUGUCCCUUUCACCCAAACCACCAGCAACGAUAGCUGAGCACUUUGGCUUCGUGCUGUCUCUACUUACUGGUAUAAAUGCCUCCAAACCUAAGCAGAGUAAUGGCAUCAAAUCAUUGAAAGAUGAAUUCGACACAUCAAUUAAAGGAACGUCUAUUGACCUUUAUAACGAAUCAUCUACCUUGACCGGUGCACUUACUAAUGCGUAUCGUAAUAGACAUAGCAACCAUGGAGGGAAGGACCACCUUACUUCAUAUGCUGACGUGUAUAGUCUAGCGAUGACACCAGCGUGUAAUGAUAGUGUCGGAAACGCAUUGUGCGCUCCGUACCUCUCACCGCUAUGCUGCGACACGUAUUAUUACUUAGGUAACAAGCAUUCUAACACAUACCUCUCCUGGGCCAUCUACCUCCCAUGGACAUUUUGGGAUCUACUCAACAAUUUGUACAAUUCCUUCUGCUCUAUCACUUGUGCAGAUUGGGGAUGCCGUGGAUGUCUCAGAGGGGACAAGUGUAGGAGUGGCAAGCAUGGUGUCGUUGAGGAUGAGAAGAAUGCAGACGCCGUGUGUCAGUGCACAUCCAUAGUAGCCUGCAGAGGCGUGGCACCGACGCUCUACCAGUAUGGAUUCACCUUCGGCGAGGCGUCGACGUUGAAUGAUGGUAGCACAUUGAAGAAGUGUAAGGAUUUCUGUAGUCAGUUGAGGAAUGUGCUGCAGUCACAAUAUUUUGAGGAUCUGUUCAAGGAGUGCGACAAUUUCCUAAAGGAAAUCAGAUGGCCAUUCAUGAAUACAUUGUUAGCCCUCUGGUCGCUGUCGCUCCUGUACCUGCUGCACAUCGCCGUCGUCCGCCUCGACGUCCUGAGGAUUCGCUCCCACCUGAGAUCACCCGCAAGCCACCGCAUCGCCGCGCAGUCGCUCCUCGCCGCCGCACGCGUCAAGGCACUCGCCAACGUCAAGGGAAAAGCCUUGGAUGAUAUUGAUGCCCGCCGUAUCUCUCUUGGUAACCUUGCUGGACAGCUGUCGGGGUUUAUUGGUAGUGGGAAAGAAGUUAAAGAUGCAUUGUUGAAGGGUUUGUACAGCAAUGUCAAUCAGCUUGAAAAGCUUUUAAAUGCAUCUUGCGGAGGUGAGGGGUGUUGUAAGUAUAAUGAUGUAAAAAAUAAGCUUAAUGAUGUCAAUGAUAAACUUAAAAAUCAGCUUAAAGAGGAACAAAAUGUCUCUGAAAAUCUUGUUAACAUCCUUUCUAAGUGCAAUUUAAAGGAUCUUGAUGGUCCCUUAAAUGAGCUUAAUGUGUCAAUUCCUCAAAAAAUUCAGGAGCUUGAAAAUGAUGUUAAGUGUCUUAAAAAUGAAGAUAAAGAGCGUAUAAAACGCAAUGAAACUCCUCAAAAUGCCUCUCAAAUUGACAAGCUUAAUAAGGAUCUUCAGUCUCAUAAGGCUUCCUUGGGGUCUCUUGAGACACUGAAUGAGCUUUGUGGAUAUGCUGAGAAAAUUCAAAAAAAUCUUGUUGACCAAAAUCCUUCAACAUCAUUAUUAAAUAACCUCUGCACAGGCCUCGAAAAAUUUCUCGGCUACGAGAAUGGUAAUUACACCGGCUCCGGCAUCGUGUACUCGGACCUUGACAGGCUCUGCGACGGGGUGAUGUCUUUCCUUCAUGGUGUUUUAGAUAACAUUCAGCCUAAAUUAGGCCAGCAUAAAGGCACUUUAAGUAGCGCACUUAGCAAACUUAAAGACACAAAUCUUAAUGGUAUUACUAAAUACAGGACGGCGAUAGCCGCGGUGGCCAAUAAGGUGAAGCAGUAUAAUGAUGCUGUUAGGCAGUCGAAUGAGAGUGUGAAAAGUGUUAUUAAUACUUUGCGUGAUAGUGUUAAUGAUUCAUUUGUGAAGAGUGUGGAAUACAUAUUGCGUGAAAAUAAUGAUGCAGGUCAGAAGAUUAAUUACAAGGACAAGGACGUCACGGAGGCCGAAAGGCAAAUAGAUCUCAAGCUGGAAGAGUGUAAAAGAAAUGCCGCGGCGUUCAACACAGCUUCUGACCUAGAGAGUAAAAGCAACAUAAACAUGAAAAACGCAGUUAAUGAUCUUAAUCCUAAAUUGCGUGAUCGUGUUCUUGUAGCUGCAAAAGCGGUGAAGCAUGAGACUGACAGGCUCACUGAGCUCUCAACUAGGGAAAGUGAGGAGCUAAGAGAGACGGAAGCAAAAAUUAGGAGCGUUCUUCAGGGCCUUAAUGACAGCGUGAAUCGCAGUAUUACCACGCAGGUGAACAGCCUUGUCAAGUUUUUAUGCAGUGAGGUUUCCGCGAUUAAAGAUAAACUAGUAAGCAUUAGUGAGAUGCUGGGAAAUUAUGUUGAGCAGUUAAAACGAUGGAUCAGUGAUGCCGAUGCUUUCUUCCAGAAAGUCAUGAAGGAUGUACACAAAAUUGAGAAAAAUGCCCCCGGCAUUCUAAACCAAAUGAAUGUUGAAGACAAGGCAAAAGAGUUGCAGAAGAAAGGUGAGGAGUUGCAUCGGCGAUUUGAGUAUGCGAAGAAUGAAGUUGGACAUUUGGUUGACGCAGCGAAAAAGAAAGAAGUCAACGAGCUGGACACUUGGAGCGCCGCGGCCGGGAAGGUUGUGGGAGCGGCGCAGGGGAAGUGUUAUUUAAUACUGGGAAAAUCUGAGAUCAAGGAUAGUGGCGAACCGGAAAUUAAAAAGCAAGCUGACGCAUUGCAGAAAAAAGCCACGGACCUUUUGACUGCGUACAGCCAGGCGCAUACUCAAUUUAUGGGUUUGACUGCAAAAGUUGGCGCCGCCGUUGCAGAGUUGGAAGCCGGCAUGAAAACGGAUUUGGGGAGAAUCAGAGAUAGUAUUGUGCAGAAGAUGAAGCAGCAUGUUGGAGAGAUGCUUAAGGAUAUUAAGGGGAGAGUGGAGAAGAUUAAGGGGAGUGGAACAGAAGGGUUGGAUGGGAUUGAGAGUGGUAUAAAGGGAUAUGCCGCGAAAGUUGGUAGUCAGUUUGAAAAAGAAAUUUUAGAGAAGUGGAUUACGACGAUCGUGGAAGAGGCCGGUGGACCGGUGUACAGGAAUAUUAGUAAUUACCUCGGCGAUACCGGAAACCGUGGUAUGGUGGAUCGGAUCAAGGUACAAAAUGCACUUAAAAGCAACCUCCCAGGAGCUAUUAAAACGGUGUUUCCUGAAGCUGCGACAAAGCAGCUUAAAGACGCAACGGUGGAAAAUAUUGCUGAUAGGUUCAGCGCUUUUGCAGAUCAAGUUGAGAAGGAUCUGGGCAACAAGUCUACCCAGGUUGCAAAUGAGGUUUCGCAACAUGCUGAUCUGAGCGCGGCUACUAGCAAGAAUUAUCUGGAGAUUACUGUCAAACACAUUCUCUACUCCGUCGCUGUGUCCGCGAAGAACUUCGCCUUAGAACUGCAGCGGUUUGCCAGUGAGUCAAAGAUCAGUGAAGUGAGCAAGAUCCUUCCAGUAGCUACAAGCCUUUUCAGUAGUCUCGAAACGGCGCAUAACACAGCAACCAAAAAGCAGGCUGCCAACAGCGACCCUCUUGCCGAGAAAGUUGAGGCCAUUGAGACGGAAGUCAACAAGGGAAUGAAGGACGACGCUGAUCAUGACCUAGAUGUUAAUAAGAACUUCGAAGAAAUCAUGACAGCUUAUGACGGAAAGAAAAACAAUCCAGCAGGUCCACAAGGCCUGUACAGAAAGCUGACUGACCCCUUCAAGGGGAUGAGUGGAUUCAGUCAAGAACAAUCUGAACUUAAAGCAGGAACAGUAGAAAAGGCUAAAAAAAAAGUCCAACAACAUCUCUCCACAAUCGAACAAGAGCUCCAGGCCAUCGCCCACUACGUCGAUAAGGAGAAGAAGGGGACGUCCAUUAGUGAUAAUGACAAUGGCAUCCAGGACUGGUUGAAUGAGUUGAAAACCAAUGGUCUUGGUAAUAAUGAUCAAGAGUGGGGAGAUAACCCCAAGUGUCCCAAAGGCCUCUUGAAGAUCAAGGCGGAGAUUGAGGGGGCGCUCGACGGGAUUAAGAGUAAGGCCCAGCAGGAUUAUCAAGCUGCUGACCAAUAUAUUGGCCAAUUUGCGUCCUUCAAAAGAGUCUCCGAAGAAAUCCAGCAUAACCUCAAAGAGCUAUUGAAAGCGUUUUCCGACGCCGGCAAAGAAGUGAACAAGCAACUCACUGAUUUUAAGAAUGACAAGAUAAGCUUGAGGAAGAACGCGGCUAACAGUCUCCAAAAACUUUAUAAAAAUCUUAGCAUGCUGCAAAGCAAACUCCAAGACGGUCCCAUCGCGCAGUGCACGCGCUUCAUCGACAAGGACGCCGGGUCAAUGGAAACAUACUGUAUUAACACCCUCACGCAAAACGUCAACUCCCAAGUCCAACAUGCUACCGAAACCCUCACCACCCUCGCCAAGAAGCAGUACGUUCUAUCCGUCAAGGGCCUGUUAACUAAGUUCGCCGAGAAGGUAACGGAGGAACUGAGAAGCCACAAAGGAUUUAUGCUACGCAUGGGAGGCGUGGAGAAGCCGGAGACUCCAAGUGGGCAAGAACCUCCGGCACAGAAAACAGACACUUUGCUUGGUAAAAUCCAAGAGGCUGUCGGAGCCUACGACCCAAGUCAGCAAGCUGGGAAAGCUGCAUCCAUGAAGGACACUUUCAUAAAUUUAGUAAAUGCAUUCCACAAAUACUUCACUCCAAUUCACAAGUACAUUAGUGACGAAAUCAAAAAGCAACUUAAAGAAAAGUCUCUGCCUGAGACGGCGGACGACAACCUUACUAAACUCGUAGAUGUACACUCUAAUUUCAACACCCUGCUUGACCACUUUAGGAAAACACAGACUAAGACUGGCGAAAAAACAUACCUUUUCGACCACGAUUUCACCGAUAAACUAGCCGCACUUAAGACACAACUUCAAACAUUCACCUCCCACAAAUUUACCAACCCGCACCAUCCCGAACUACUUGACGCCCUUAAGUGCGGGCUUAAUGACUUUUGCACGCAGCUUGACAAAGUGUAUGUUAAUGCGUAUGAUGGGCAUCCAGAUAAAAUAAUCUGGGACAAAUUGUUAGUUAAUAAAACGUUGGAGGACGGCAAACCAUCCACUGAAAAAGAGCUGACGCCGGAUGGCACUAGGCUGUCCAAGGUGUUGCUCACCGUCACUCCCAUCGUAUGUGACGCGUUAAAUGAUCUUAAGAUGAAGCUUGACGACUGGAAAGACUAUAAAAUAUAUAAUCCAGAUGCCUCCAACCAUAGCCUACAUAGACUUUACUUCCGUGAAAACGGUUACGAUGUUGGCCUUCGCGGAAAUGCAGACAGCGGCGAACUGAAUCACAGAAACAACUUUAAUGGUAGCAGUAUUCUUACUCAUCUAACCACAGGCCAACGUGCGUUGUUUACUUCCAGUUCCACUCCCCAAUCCCCUGGUCUCGAUGACAUACCCGUCGAUGAGGUCAAAGAGGGCGGUUUAAUACCCGAACUUUUUGCCCACCUUACAGAAUUCUUCCAGGUCGGUCACAUAGCCACUUCCUUCUCCAAGAGGGCACCAUGCUCAGUGUACGAGCAGUUAGUGUGGCUCACCGGGCUCCCGCACAAUCCUGUGUACGAAAAGUUGCCUAAACACGUUAGAUCCUUGUUUGAAGUGCCGGAUAAGAAUGAUCCUUCUACUAAGCACGUUAUGCCCAUUGACGCCUCUCCUACAAAAAUUACAGAUGCCUUGACGAUUGAAGCUAUUGAUGAAAUAUGCGGUAAAGCAUACGCCGUGUUGACCACUGUCGUUGGCACCGGUGACGCUGAGUGCGGGUAUGCCUGUGAGUUCCCGAGCAAUUCGUUGGGUCUACAGUAUCCGUCUAAUCCAGCGCAGUGCUUUGAAACGCUCCUUGACAUCCUUCGCCGCCUGUUCCCUCCGCUGAAAUUCCUGUUCACUCAAUGCGGUACGCCGGCGUCUGAACAUGGUUGGUUGCGGUGCCAGUACGGCAAGGAUGUCAAGUCAACCAAAUCGCAAUGCAACGAGCAUACCAAACAGGGAACCAAAGAGCCAACCAAAUGCCUACCCAAAUCGCCCCUUCAGUCGUAUCUAAGUGACAGUUUAAUCGGACACCUUCCACAUAACUUGUCCUCUAUCGGCUGCCAAGCGAAAUGCACCACCUGCCCUGGCGGUAAGCCGGGAAUGCCUUGUAUAACGCCAUUGGGUUUUAGAGGCUUCUCUGGUUCCACCAAAACAGGGGCCUACUUGUCCUCCGUCAUCGGGGAAUUGCUUGAAAUUGAUCAUCUUUCCACCUUGUUUGCCCUUUCAGUCAAAACGCCACGGACGUUGCCAGAGCACUUCGAAUUUGCGUCCGCUCUUGUGCGCGGGUGGCAUAAUAACACAGCUUUCAAUAAACGUGAUGUACAAGAAGCCUUUGAAAAAUCGGUCAAAGAGCUGUCCAUUAAUCUGUAUGAAACGCCUGCCGAACUCACUGAUGCGCUUCGUGAUGCCUACGGUUCUGAAUCUGUUAGUCAUACUAUUUGCGACAAUCCCCAUCUGUUGAAUCUUACAGCUUUUAACACAUGUAACAAAAAUGGAAACCACUGCGCUCCGUAUCUGUCAUCGCUCUGCGGAGGUUACUACACGUGUCUGCCAUUUAAGAAUUCUAGCACGUACUUAUCAUGGGCCAUUUACCUCCCAUGGACAUUCUGGGAUUUACUCAACAAUUUAUAUAAUGCCUUUUGCCAAAUCACUUGUGCAGAUUGGGGAUGCCGUGGAUGUCUCAGAGGAGACAAGUGCAAGCGAGGCAAGCAUGGUGUUGUUGAGGAUGAUAAGCAAGAUGAUGACACAUGUCAGUGUGAAUCAAUAGUGUCCUGCAAAGGAGUAUCAUCCACAUUCUACCAGUACGGAUUCAGCUUCGGCGAGGCGUCGACGUUGAAUGGUAAGACGCCAAAGAAGUGUAAGGAUUUCUGCAGUCAGUUAUAUAAGGUGUUACAAUCACAGUAUUUCAAGGAUUUGUUCAAGGAGUGCGACAACUUCCUAAAAGAAAUCAGAUGGCCUUUCAUGUUAUUAUUGCUAGCCCUCUGGUCGCUGUCGCUCCUCUACCUGCUGCACAUCGCCGUCGUCCGCCUCGACGUCCUGAGGAUACGCUCCCACUUAAAAUCACCCUCAAGCCACCGCAUCGCCGCCCAGUCCCUCCUCGCCGCCGCACGCGUCAGGGCACUCGCCAACGUCAAGUACUUCUCACCGUGA